AUGGGGCAGUUGUUGCCGCCCUUGAGGUUCAAGGAGGACCUCAGGUUCAAGGAGGACCUCAGGUUCAAGGAGGACCUCAGGUUCAAGGAGGACCUCAGGUUCAAGGAGGACCUCAGGUUCAAGGAGGACCUCAGGUUCAAGGAGGACCUCAGGUUCAAGGAGGACCUCAGGUUCAAGGAGGACCUCAGGUUCAAGGAGGACCUCAGGUUCAAGGAGGACCUCAGGUUCAAGGAGGACCUCAGGUUCAAGGAGGACCUCAGGUUCAAGGAGGACCUCAGGUUCAAGGAGGACCUCAGGUUCAAGGAGGACCUCAGGUUCAAGGAGGACCUCAGGUUCAAGGAGGACCUCAGGUUCAAGGAGGACCUCAGGUUCAAGGAGGACCUCAGGUUCAAGGAGGACCUCAGGUUCAAGGAGGACCUCAGGUUCAAGGAGGACCUCAGGUUCAAGGAGGACCUCAGGUUCGAGCCAGCACCAGGAGCGCUCGUGAUGCGCUGGCGACGCGAUCCCAGACACUUGCUAUCCCUGUCCGAACCGUCGAACCGUCGAACCGUCGAAGAUCCGGGGUUCCAGAGCCGUCGAGCCACAAGUGCCCGCCGCUGUGACGCUUCCCUUCUCCUGGCAUCGCGAUCAAGGGGUCCCGUCCGUCUUUCUUCCUGAUGGGCUCCAUUUACAGGGCUGGGCGUCGUCAGUCUCAUAAGUUGGUCGAGACCAUACACCCCCCCCGCCCAUUGCCGGCCCUGGCAGGGUCGCUUAGUCGAAGUUUCAGAUUCGGGCAAUCUUCCCAUUCAACGUCCUGUCGUGUUGCGCCACGAUGGCUGGGCCCCUGGCCCAAUGAGGUCAUGUUGAGUGCUCUGCAGGUUGUUGGCGGCCACUCACAACGCGUUGUCGCUGCUUAGUAGGGUGGUAUCCGGUGGCUUGCGUGUGGCAGAAGGCAGAGACAGGAAAAAAGGUUCGCCAGCAAGCUUGGUUUGCCGUUACCCGGCAUUCGCAUCUGGAGCACGACCUCCAGUCCCCCCCUCAAGG